UAGACACAGGCUGCAGUGUGAAGGCCAUGGGCAUGUAUGGAUCCAAGCCUCAGAAACAAGCGCAGGUCCUGAUGCUGGGCCUGGACGGAUCAGGAAAGACCACCCUGCUCUACAAACUCAAGUACAAUGAGAGCGUGGUGACCGUGCCCACUGUUGGGUUCAACGUGGAGCCGCUGGAGACAGACAGGAGCAGCCCGGGCCUGACAGUGUGGGACGUGGGGGGUCAGAGGAAGAUGAGGCCCCACUGGAGGCAUCACUACACGGAUACAGCAGGACUGGUGUUUGUGGUGGACAGCUGGGAUCAGAAGAGGCUGGACGAGGCUCGCAAGGAACUGCAUCGGGUCAUGAGGUAUGAGAGUCUCAGAGGAGUUCCUCUCGUAGUUCUUGCCAACAAACAGGACCUUCAUGGAGCUCUGAGCCCCGAGUCUCUCUGCCUAAAACUGGAGUUGAGACGAGUGUGUGAGGGCAGGGCCUGGUUCAUCCAGCCAUGUUCAGCCAUCAGCGGAGUGGGACUAGAGGAAGGUUUCAGGAGGAUCGUCUAUCUGAUGAAGACGCCACUGAAACAGACUCAAGAGGACAUAAAGGUUAAGAUGAGGUCUAAAGGCUUCAGUGUCACAGCUGUGAAACAAGUCAUACUGUGCAGGAGGUGAUGGACGAAGAUUUUUCUG